UAAGAGCUCGGGCGCAUUGGAGAGGGAGCGCACCUUUUGGAGUGAGGAGCGCACGGCGGAGAGGAGUAUGUUCGUUUCCAACCUGAGCCUGAGCUGUGAGCACUGUCCCGGGGGAGGAGCCGGCGGCACAGCAGCGGCGGACGCGUACGGAGAGGUGCCCGGCACCCUCCCUCCUCCGUCCCUGAGCCCGACGGGGCACCUGGUGGUGGCCGUGUGCCUCGGCUUCAUCGGCAGCGUGGGCUUCCUCAGUAACUUCCUGGUGCUCACGCUGUUCUGCCGCUACCGGGCGCUGCGCACCCCCAUGAACCUGCUGCUGGUGAGCAUCUCCACCAGCGACCUGCUGGUCUGCGUGCUGGGAACCCCCUUCAGCUUCGCGGCCAGCACCCAGGGGCGCUGGCUGAUCGGACGCACGGGCUGCGUCUGGUACGGGUUCGUCAACGCAUUUUUGGGCAUCGUCUCCCUCAUAUCCCUCGCCGUUCUGUCCUACGAGCGCUACUGCACCAUGAUGGAGCCCACCAUGGCUGACGACAGAGACUACCACACCGUGCUGGGAGGGAUCGCCUUCUCCUGGCUCUACUCGGUGGCCUGGACCAUCCCCCCGCUGCUGGGCUGGAGCAGAUACGGGCCUGAGGGGCCCGGCACCACCUGCUCGGUUGACUGGCAGACCCAGACGCCGAACAAUAUCUCCUACAUCAUCUGCCUGUUCAUCUUCUGCCUGGUGGUGCCGUUCAUCGUCAUGCUGUACUCCUACAGCAAGCUGCUGCUCGCCAUCAGACAGGUCCGGAGUUCGGUGGUGGCUAGUCGCCGAGAGCAGCGGGUGCUGGUGAUGGUCGUCACCAUGGUGGUGGGCUACCUGGUCUGCUGGCUGCCGUACGGGGUGGCGGCUCUGACCGCGACCUUCGGGUCCCAUGACCUUUUGACCCCAGAGGCGACCAUAAUGCCGUCGUUGCUGGCCAAGUUCUCCACCGUCAUCAACCCCUUCAUCUACAUCUUUAUGAACAAACAGUUCUACAGGUGUUUCAAGGCAUUCCUCAACUGCUCCGUCCCCGAGCGAGGCUCCAGCCUAAAGACAUUUUCCCGGGCGACCAAGACGCUCCGCACCGGCCGCCAGGACAAGGAGCACCACAUGUCCGCUAAGGGCCCCUCCGCCACCGCGCCCAACUCCAUCCCCGGGUUGUCGCAGGGGUCCAAUCACUCGGCUCCAUCGAAUCGAGACUCGGCUGUUUCCCGCCCCCCUGCUGCUGACAACCCCAAACCCAAACUUAUCCUGGUGGCUCACUACAGGGAAUGAGAGCAGGACAAAACAACAGCGACGGGGGCCCAACGUUUAGAGGCGGGAGCGGCGAGCGGGGGCACAGGUCUCCAAUUAGGAAACAAAUCCUCUUAAUAGUAGAAAAGAGCGAGCUCAAAGUGAGCUCAGUGGGAGGCGUGAAAUACAAGCCGGGGAGUUUUGAUCCCAGAACAGGUUGUUGUUGUUGCAGUCGACAAACAGGGACACACAUCUCAUCCUGCUUCCCCAGCGGCAGAGAGAUAUGAAGACGAGGGCUCAACGCGCUGUAAUGCUGCAUUUCGAGAUCACCGACUCCUGCCGAUAGAAAGUACUCGCUGUUUUCACAUCCAUCGUCCACUGACGCUGCAUUAAAGCUCACUUAACCUCUGCCUAACGUUUUGCAAAGAAAAGGGGGGGCCUCCGUGGAUCCGAGAUUAAAAUUCAGAUGCUCAAACAGGGAGAGCGUGAGUUCGAGGACCCGCUAGCAUGUUAGCGAUGGACACACGGAAAUAAGCACGAUUGCACUUUAUUGAUUCAGAAGGAGCAGACGGAGGGGAAGAUGUGAAAUUGCAUUCGCUCUGCCCCAGUAAUUCAAUUCAAUAUCAAAGUGGGUCAAGCUGUUUAGUUUAUUUUUUAUUACAUUCAUGAGGUGUCUUUUGUUAGACGACAAAAUAAUGUGCUACCUUAAUCGCAGAAAUUAUUCAGGAACGUUUUGGAGUCUUCGGAGGAGCUUUUUUUUUUCUUCUUCUUCUUCUUGUAAACAGGGCAAUGAGAUAUUUUGUCGGCUCAUGUGUGCAGCUACUAUAAGACGGAUUAUUCUCUCUAUUUUCCAGCGAUAAUUCGGUAGAGGAAGUGGGAAUAAGCACGUUUUGCUGACCCUGUUUCCAUGCCUGAUAUCUGAGGAUUUGAGGAGAAGAGCUUUGAAAAAAGAUUUGUUGAACAAUUUUAUGCAAUUAAGAAUUAAGGAGGAUUUUUAUUAUAUGCCUUUAUUUACACUUUGCCAUUAAAGGGAUGUUUCACCGUGUCGUGAGGGUCGCGUUGAGAUAUUUCACUGUUUUGAUUUGUCGUUGAAAUGUUUCUGUAGCUUUGUUCAAUAGAAAAGUGACGUUCUGUUGUCUCCUACUGUGUUUUUUUCCUUCGCUUAUGUAACAUAAAUUAAAUCAUGUCUCAAACA